GACUGCCACUGCCGAUCAACUUAGUACUCUAUAAAGUAUAAACAAAUUUCCCGCGCAAUAUUUCUGCAUAUAAUCGACCCACAAGCUAGGGUUUCUGCUGAGCCACAAAUCUUGGAUAACCUCAAUGGAGGUCGCUCAAAUCGCUCAUCUGCUAAGCGAGACGCUCAGCCCUGAUGGUCACGUUGUUCGAACUGCUUCGGAAGCUCUCGAUCGCCUUUCUCAGCUCCCUGGCUUCCCUUUUUCUCUCCUCUCCAUAGCCACCGGAGGUGAAAAUCAUGGUCGAAAAGUUGCUGCUGCCACAUACCUUAAGAAUUUCACUAGGCGAAGUAUCAAUGAAGACGGCACAUUGUCCUCAAAAGUCAGUAAAGAGUUCAAGGACCAGCUCAUGCGAGCUUUGCUUCAAGUUGAACCAGCAGUUCUAAAAGUUUUGAUUGAAGCGUUUCGAGCCAUUGUUGUUGCUGAGUUCAUGAAGCAGAAUUCCUGGCCUGAACUUGUACCUGAUCUACUGGCUGCUAUUCAAAAUAGUAAUCUUUUUAGCAAUACUGCUGACUGUAAAUGGAACACCAUAAAUUCCCUUACAGUUCUUCAUGCACUGCUUCGACCUUUCCAGUACUUUUUGAAUUCUAAAGUUGCUAAGGAGCCAGUGCCACCACAGCUAGAGCAGAUUGCAAAAGAAGUUCUAGUACCCUUGAUAGCCGUAUUCCAUCAUUUGGUUGAAAAGGCUUUAGCUAUCCAUGAUAGAACAGAAAUGGAAAUGGAGAAAAUCCUUCUCACUGUUUGCAAAUGCAUAUAUUUUGCUGUGAGAUCGCACAUGCCAUCUGCUUUAGCUCCUCUUUUGCCUUCUUUUUGUCGUGAUCUGAUUGCCAUUCUGGGUUCUUUGAGUUUUGAGUGUUCUGUUACCAUAGAAGAUGGAUACUUGAUGAGGCUGAAGACUGGAAAGAGAAGCUUGCUCAUUUUCUGUGCUUUCAUUAGCCGACACCGAAAGUACUCUGAUAAGUUGAUGCCAGACAUCAUCAACUGUGUUUUAAACAUAGUCAAAUAUAGCAAAAAGACCAGUGAGCUUAAUUUUUUAUCAGAGAGGAUUGUUUCCCUAGCUUUUGAUGUGAUUUCACAUGUCCUGGAGACAGGCCCAGGAUGGAGAUUAGUUUCACCUCAUUUUACCUUUUUGUUGGACUCUGCAAUCUUUCCAGCAUUAGUACUGAAUGAGAAGGAUAUUUCAGAGUGGGAAGAAGAUGCAGAGGAAUACAUACGAAAGAAUCUUCCAUCUGAUCUUGAAGAAAUUUCUGGAUGGAGGGAGGAUUUGUUUACAGCUAGAAAAAGCGCAAUGAACUUACUUGGUGUUAUUUCCAUGUCAACGGUUACUACUCAGUAUUCCUCAAUAAAUGUCUUUGAACCAUCUCUCUUGACAAGCAGUGUUGUUUACGUUUUUUGUUUGGUGCCUCAGGGUCCUCCAAUUGGCAAUUCUAGUAAUGGUUCUUCAACUGCUUCAAAGCGCAAAAAAAGUGAAAAAAACAAGAGAUAUAGUCAGCGUCGUUUUAUGGGGGAGUUGUUUGUGCUUCCAUUUUUGUCAAAGUUUCCUAUUCCUUCUGAUGCUAAUGCAUCCCAACCUAAAAUUUUAAAUGAUUACUUUGGUGUUCUGAUGGCAUAUGGUGGUCUACAAGAUUUUCUAAGGGUGCAAGAACCUGGAUAUAUAUCAACUCUCGUUUAUAAUCGGGUGCUUCCAUUGUAUACGAUAUCUGCAUGCCUACCAUACUUGCUUGCCACUGCAAAUUGGGUACUUGGAGAGCUUGCACCCUGUCUACGAGAAGAGAUGAGUGCAGAUGUAUAUUCUUCAUUGCUCAAGGCAUUGGCCAUGCCAGAUAAAGGGGAUACUUCUUGUUAUCCAGUCAGGGUUUCUGCUGCUGGCGCAAUUGCUGCACUUCUUGAGAAUGACUAUGCGCCACCUGAGUGGUUACCUCUUCUUGAAGUUGUGAUCGGUAGGAUUGGUAAUGGAGAUGAAGAGAGCUCUCUUUUAUUUCAGCUUCUUAGUUCCAUAGUGGAGGCUGUAGAUGAAAAUGUUGCAGUUCAUAUCCCAUAUAUUGUUUCAGCAUUGGUUGGUACAAUCACAAAGUUGAUACCUGCUAAUCCAGAGCCUUGGCCUCAAGUGGUUGAACGGGGCUUUGCAGCCCUAGCAGUAAUGGCUCAGUCCUGGGAAAAUUUAUUGCCUGAAGAAAUUGAGCAGAAUGAACUUAGUGAAAAGUGGACAUCUGGCCGAGCUACCAUUGGCAGAGCGUUCUCUGCUCUCCUACAACAUGCUUGGCUCUCACCCAUGUAUCAAUCGGAUCGGGAAGGGGAGGGUUCUAAUACUGCAUCGUGCAUUGAUGAUUCAUCAACAUUGCUCUUGUCCAUUAUGCUCUCGGUUUCUGGAAGCAAUGUUCUUCUAGAGCUUAAAGUGUCGGAGCUAUUAUUAGUUUGGGCUAAUCUAAUUGCAGACUGUUAUGCAUGGGAUGAAUCAGAGAAUUUAUCUAUUUUUGACUGCAUUAAAGAUGUUGUGAAUCUACACAGCAAAUAUGGGCUGAAGAAUUUUCUUGUAGGAAGGAUGUUGUCCCCUCCAGCUCCACCUGUGCCUCAACGUUCUAUCAUUGAAGGCAUUGGUGGUUUUGUCAGUGAGGCCAUAUCACAAUAUCCAUCUGCAACAUGGAGGGCUUGCUCAUGUGUCCAUAUACUACUUCAUGUCCCGAGUUACUCAUUUGAUGCAGAUGGUGUGAAGCAAUCAUUGGUGAUUGCUUUCAGUCGAGCAGCAUUUUGCCGUUUCAGGGAAAUUCGAAGUAACCCUUGUUCACUGUGGAAGCCUUUGUUGGUUGCUAUAGCAUCAUGCUACUUAUGUUAUCCUGAUGUGGUGGAAGAAAUUUUGGAGAAGGGCGAAUGUGGUGGCUUCACAAUUUGGGCUUCUGCCCUGGGUUUUCUCCUCACUAGCUCCUACGAAUCUGGUCUGUCAGAAAAAUCCGAGAUAAAGUUGAUUGUGAUUGCACUUGCACAGGUGGUUGAGCAGCUGGGACUAAGGAAGCCAAGCAGUGGUGUGUUGCGUGACUGCUUUACUUCACUGUUGGAGGCAUCUGCACGGCUGAAAGAAGUUCAGGAAGAAAAGGAAGAAGCUGAGCAAGAUGAUGAAGAGGAUGACGACGACGAUGAUGACGAAACCUCCGACUAUGAUGAGGAGUCUGAGCCUGAGGAACAAGAAGAAACUGAAGAAGAGUUUUUGGAUAGGUAUGCUAAAGCAGCUGUUGCAUUGGAAAAUGGUACAGUUAUUGAAGAGGGGGAUGUGGAAGAUCAAGAACAUGAGACUGAGUUGGGUAGUUUGGAAGAGGUUGAUGAGCGAAAAGUUGUGCUGUCAUUGAUUGAGAAAUACCAUCACGCUCUCAUACAAGGACAGACAUUACCAUUGGAGCUCAUUUCAAGGUUCCUGAACGCCUACCCUGAAUGUAGUUUAUACUUCCAGUAAUCCUGGUGAGUGGAAUUUAUUUUUUAUUUUUUAAGUUUCAUGUCAAGGUGUGUAGAGUUAAAAAGAGAAGCUUUUCGGUAAAGUUUUUGGGUUUGUAUCGUAAUCAGGGCUGCGAUAUGGUAUAGGAAAAUUUCUAAUCUAUUUUUUCUUUGUAAUUGUUUUGUUUGCGAUUCUAUUGAAGCAUUUGAUUAAGGCUAUGUUUAGAUGUUGAGCUGAGUUGAUUCUUUAUGAAUAGUGAGUUGAGAUGGUGCAA